AUGCGCAGUGAAAGAGGCGUGCGCUCGGAGCUGCCCCCGGUGUCGUACAUGAAGGCACUGGACGUGUGGAUGGGAGGCUGCAUUUGCGCCGUGUUCGCAUCCCUGCUCGUCUUCUCCUUGGUGAACUACUUGGGACGCAUCAAGCUGCGGCCGAAGCUGUACCGAAAGGUCGACGAUGCCGCAUUUGUACUUGUGACGCGAAAGGAGGAGCUGGCCGAAGAUCCAGAGAACUACGACAGCAAAGAGUACGAGGAGCUGUACAGGAACGCCAAGCGGGCGGACAGCAUCGACCGCUUCGCUCGUGUCGCCUUCCCGUUUGUCUUCCUCGUAUUCAACACCGCCUACUGGUCCCUGUACUCCAGCCAGGCGUACAUCAGUGUCCAGGGUGAACUGGAGCUCGCCUAG